AUGAAAGAAGAGUCAGACAAUGCAUCAUCAAUCUUACGGCCAGGUCAAACUUUUGCCCAUCGAGGCAGAAAAUAUAAAAUAUUAACGCAAAUUUGGCUUGGGCCAUUUAGUGAAGUGGUGAUUGUUGAAGAUGUUGACGGUAAUGGACGAUUUGCAAUGAAAAUUGAAAAAACGAAAGAUCCACAAAGAUCAGUGCUAAAAUUGGAUGUUUUUGUAUUACGUGAUUUUCAAAGGACGAAAACGGUUGGUAUUCCACAAUUAAUUACUCAGGGGCGUACAAAUGAUAUUAAAUAUGUGAUCAUGCAACUUCUCGGUCCGGAUUUGGAUAAAUUACGUCGCUCUUUACCGGGCAAAAAAUUUACUUUAACAACAGCACUUCGCCUUAGCGUGCAAACAUUGGAUCGAAUUGAAACAUUACACAAUAUGGGUUGGCUUUCACGUGAUAUUAAAGCAAACAACUUUGCGAUUGGUUUGAAAGAUGACAAUCAAACAGUUUACAUUCUCGAUUUUGGAUUCGCUCGACGGUUCAGAGACAAAAAUGGUAAAUUUUAUCAACCACGAAGUUCCGCCGCUCUCGUAGGAUCCAUUUAUUAUUCAUCGUUAGCAGCUCAUGCAUUUAAGGAUCAGUGUAGAAGGGAUGAUAUUGAAUCGUGGUUUUAUAUGGUUUGUGAGUUCAUCAAAGGUCCACUUCCAUGGGCAAAUGCAGAUGUCCGAGAAGAUUAUUUGUUAAUUGGUGAGUGGAAGCGUUAUGCAAGAUUAAAUGGACGGUAUGAGUUACUUAAAGGAAUGCCGGAAGAAUUUGACAAAAUACUGGAAAUGAUCGAUAAUACAAAAUAUUUUGAACGACCAGAUUAUCGAACAUUUCGCAGAUUGAUUAAUAAUAUUUUUAUCAGAUUAGAACUUAAUCAAAAUGCACCAUUUGAAUGGCAAACAAAUCCAACUAUUAUUCAAAAAGCAUUAGUGAUCGGUGAUCAAGGCCAAUCAUGCUUUAUUAGCUAUCGGUUACGAGAACUAACCAAACAACCAGAUCUGAUAAUUUUUCGAACAUAA